CAUUCGUAGGCCAGGCACGUGGAGAACUUGUUCGUGUCCUUCGUAUGUGUAUCUAUUUGCCGGUGUAAAUUGAGUGAUUGUGGUGUUCCAUUGUUGUGAAUUGGUUGGAUACUUGAUUUUUUAGUCAAGAUGGGGAAGCUGAAGGUGGCGAUGCUGAGGUAUCUCAUGAGGGAUGACUUCCGAAUACUGACAGCAAUUGAAAUGGGCAUGAAGAACCAUGAACUUGUGCCCAUCACUCUGGUCACACAGAUUGCCAACCUGCGAGGUGGUGGUGUGCACAGGAUGCUUAGGGAACUCUGCAAGCAUCGCCUUUGUGCAUAUGAGCGAGGAAAACACUAUGAUGGCUACAGAUUGACAAACAUGGGUUAUGACUACUUGGCCCUGAAAGUGCUUUCUUCCCGAGAAGUCUUAGGCUCUGUAGGCAGCCAGAUUGGUGUUGGGAAAGAAUCGGAUAUUUAUGUCACGAGUGACCCGGUUGGAAAUCCAUUGUGCAUGAAGCUACAUAGGCUCGGGAGAACUUCUUUCCGCAAGCUGAAGGAAAAGCGUGAUUAUCAUCAUCACAGGAAUAAGGCCUCUUGGAUCUACCUGUCUAGGCUGUCAGCCACCAAAGAGUUUGCUUACAUGAAGGCCCUCUAUGACCGAGGGUUCCCAGUACCAAAGCCAGUGGAUUGCAAUAGACACUGUGUGAUUAUGGAGCUUGUGAAUGGUUAUCCACUGUGCAACGUGCAUGAUGUGGCAGACGUCCCACAGCUCUAUAGCGAUCUAAUGGACCUAAUCGUGAAGCUGGCCAGCCAUGGUGUCAUUCACAGCGAUUUCAACGAGUUCAACAUCAUGGUGAACGAUGAUGACAAGCCUGUGAUUAUUGAUUUCCCCCAAAUGGUGUCAACUGACCACGAAAAUGCCAAGAUGUAUUUUGACCGUGAUGUGAACUGUGUGCGUGAAUUUUUCAAGAGAAGAUUUGGCUACGAGAGCGAGCUGUAUCCUGACUUUGAUGGAGAUGUUGUGAGGGAAGGUAAUCUAGAUAAAGAGGUGUCUGUCAGUGGAUUUUCAAAAGAAAUUCAAGAGUUCAAUGAACAUUUCAAAGUUGGGGAAGAUUUUGACACAAAAGACGAAGACAACUACAGCAGUGAUGAGGAUGAAGAAGAAGAAGAAGAUGCCAAAAAUGAUGAAGAUGAAAGUGGCAAUGAAGGAGAGAUCCCAUGCCCUGAAGAAGACGAAACCACCAAAGAGCAGGACCAGACUGAGACUACAGGCCUUAAGAAAGAGGAACUUGUUAGGUUGCAGGAUGAGAUGGAGACAUUGUGUAAGGAGCUAAAUAUAGAGAAAAAUUUAGAAAAUGAUGAAAGUGAAGAGCUAAAUAAGGACACAAAAAAAGAGGAAGAAGUUGAAGAGACUCCAUCAGAAGUAAGCGAGAGACACUCCAGAAGAAAGAAGGGGAAGGAUGCAGACCGAGAUGCAAGGCUGCUCUUCAUAAAGCAGUUGGCCAAAGCCAGAGAGUUGCGUCAGCACUGUGAAGAAAAUGGAGAAGAAGCCCCACCACUUGAAGACAUGAUAGACGACUCAAUGAGUGACAUACACAGUGUCCGCAGCUUUUCAACAACAGCAAGCACCAUAGAGCCAGAGGAGAUUAAACGGCGACUGCAAAAGGAUCUUACAAGACGGGAGAAGAAGCAGGUUUCCAAAAAGAAUUUGAGGGUGAAGGGGGAAGCAAAUGCAUACAGGAGAUCUAAACUGGCAAAUGCAGCCACAAUCAAAGAAUCAGUGGGAUGGGAUGAGUAUUAAAUGAAUUAUAGAUAUAAAAUAAACUAUACUGUCCAUCA